CACAGAAAAAUUAAUUAAAUUAUACUUGACAUUCAUAAAUUUUUAUUGAUUUGAGACAUCGAAAGAGGAUGGGAACACUAAAAGUUUGAUAAUCAAUAACGGACUGGUACAGGUUGAUACCACAUACAUAUAGCUAUUAGUUGACUAUAGAUAUUUGCUGUCUGAGGUUGUUUUCUACAAACUACUUGCUGGGCAUUCGCUAUGUCAACAUGUACAUUGAAAAUCACAUGGAUGUACUUGGAAUGGGUAGAAGGCAAUUGCAACCAUGGAGUAUAGCUGGAGGUUCAAUGUCUUACACGGAUCCAACAGUUCCAAUCCGUAUAAGUGACUAUACUCGUACACACCACUUACUGCCAUGGAGACCGAAUGUCGGAUUUGAGAACACCGAAGUCAUCCCCUUGGUUACAAAGUCGAUAUCAAGUUACGCCCUGGACGCAAAUAAUAAAAUGAGUACACGACCAUUAAAAUUUCCAAAUCUGAUUACGGGCUAUCAGCGCAAUCCUGUUCAUGCGUCACAAGCUGCUCUUUAUACAAGAUACACGCCACACGAAUGGUUCCAAAAACAAGUAAAAUAUUACAACGAGGCAGAUUCGCAGAGGCAUUACUCUGAGAGGAUACGAGGCGAUGCUCAGAGGAUUAUUAGAGAUGCCGAAGAAAAGAUACAACAUGGUCAAUACGAUACCAAUCGAAGACUUGGCGAGAGGAUAAAUGACAUUACUUUUUGGCGUAACGAAGUGGCAGCGGAACUGGAGAGAAUGCUUCAUGAAAUCGAAAGACUUCACGAUUGCCGAAGUGUCUUGGAAAAGGCAGUACGAGAUAUUGAAGGGCCAUUACAUAUCGCAGAGGAGUGCCUUUAUCAUAGAGAAGCUAGAAAAAGUACAGAAUUAGUACACGACGAGUCGGAAAAAUGUUUGUUGCAAGAAAUAGAGAAUUUGCGGACAAAUCAAAAGAAACUGGAAGCUUGUUUGGACAAAUGCAAGGAUCAGUUACGAAACUGCAGAGCCUCGCAAAAUCAAUUAGAACUGGAUUUAAAGAAUAAAGAGAGUGCCUUAGGCAUCGACACUAUUUGCCAUCAAUUAAAUAAUCAUACUCAUGGAUUACAAUAUUAUUCUGGAAUUGAAAAAUAUGAUCCAUGUGUUUCAGAGCAAGAAACUUGGGCGGACGCGGUGAAUAGAAUAGUGCAAAGGUCCCAAACGGAACGGAAUAAAUCUUGUCAAUUACGCACCACUGCCGAAAAUCUUAUUAAUAAAGUUGCUCAAGAAAUGUGGAAUACUUGGAGUAAUACUAACAACGCUUUAUCCCACAGAUCUUCCGAAUUACUCGAGGCGAAGAACAAGCUUCAACAGCAUUUGCAAAAAGUACAACAAGAAAUAUUCGGUGUUGAGAAAAAUUUGGAAUUGAUGCGCAAAGCCAUCGCGGAUAAGAGUUACGCAACUAAAGUCGCACACACGAGAAUGGAAGCGAGAAUGCAUCGUCCUGAUAUGGAAUUAUGUCGCGAUUACGCUUAUACAAGCCUUCAGAAAGAAAUCGACGAGAUAAAUCAUCAACUUGAGCGAAUGCACAAGGCAUUGAAGGAACUCGAGAAUCAGCAUCAAAAAUUGCUAAGAACUCGAACUAUGCUCGAACACGAUCUUGCUCUUAAAAUUGAUGCGAUAUACAUCGAUAAGGAAAAAGUUUGCGGUCUUAGACGCGCGUAUCCUGUUAAUGCAUUGUUUAGAUUUUAAAGAUAUAUUCUCUGUUAAUGCCACGUUAAUGUCGCUUUACAUAUGAAUACUGCCAUUUACAUUUACGAAA